AUGGAUCAACAACUUGGGGGCUUAAUCGACUUCUCGAGAAACGCUAAGGGAUAUCUCGUUGCCCAUAUCGACGGCAUGGAAUUUCCGCAAUCCGGCGGGCCAGAUGCUGCACCAGCUACAAGAAUCCUGCUACAAGACUUCACAAGCACCGAUGGGCAAUAUGGUACUGUGAGGCAUCUCAUGACUGUAGCGACACCUGGUCCUACCACUGAGUCAAGUGUGAAUUCUCUUUUGCUUCGCGCUGCCCUUGUGGCUACAUCAGCUACGAUGUAUGCAUCAGCAGCUGCGCCUCCAACAAGCACACACCCAAGUAUACCGGCGCGCCCAUCUCCACCUCCACGCCUUACCAAACGCAGCAGUGCAACAUCGGCUUCAGGUGACAGCGGCUGGGACGCAUACGAAAGCAUUCCGAACCGCAAUGUCGGGUGCACUGUUUUACACUGUAGGAAUAUUGUAACCGUAGCGCACUUCAACCCGAUGAAAUAA